GCGGGCCGGUUCGGGCCGUUGUGUGAGUGUGUGCGCCUGCGCGCUGCGGAGGGGGCGCGGUAGGGGCCGGGACCGCCGCCGCCGCUGUCUUUGCCGCCGCCGCCGCCGCCGCCCUCCCCGCCUCACGGUCCCGCUUCCCCGCGCAGCGUCGGCCGCCGGCCUCGUCACCAUGUUCAGCUGGGUGAGCAAGGAUGCGCGGCGCAAGAAGGAGCCCGAGCUCUUCCAGACCGUGGCCGAGGGGCUGCGGCAGCUGUACGCGCAGAAGCUGCUGCCGCUCGAGGAGCACUACCGCUUCCACGACUUCCACUCGCCGGCGCUCGAGGACGCCGACUUCGACAACAAGCCCAUGGUGCUGCUCGUGGGCCAGUACAGCACGGGCAAGACCACCUUCAUCCGGCACCUCAUCGAGCAGGACUUCCCCGGCAUGCGCAUCGGGCCCGAGCCCACCACCGACUCCUUCAUAGCCGUCAUGCACGGCACGGCCGAGGGCGUGGUGCCGGGCAACGCGCUCGUAGUGGACCCGCGGCGGCCCUUCCGCAAGCUCAACGCCUUCGGCAAUGCCUUCCUUAACCGGUUCAUGUGCGCCCAGCUGCCUAACCCUGUUCUGGAGAGCAUCAGCAUCAUUGACACCCCAGGGAUCCUCUCUGGAGAAAAGCAGCGCAUCAGCAGAGGUUAUGACUUUGCAGCUGUCCUCGAGUGGUUUGCUGAGCGCGUGGACCGCAUCAUCCUGCUCUUUGAUGCCCACAAGCUGGACAUCUCAGAUGAAUUCUCUGAGGUGAUCAAGGCCUUGAAGAACCAUGAAGAUAAGAUUCGUGUGGUGCUGAACAAGGCAGAUCAGAUCGAGACACAGCAGCUGAUGCGGGUCUAUGGGGCCCUCAUGUGGUCCCUGGGCAAAAUCAUCAACACCCCUGAGGUGGUGAGGGUGUACAUCGGGUCCUUCUGGUCCCACCCCCUCCUCAUCCCAGACAACCGGAAGCUCUUUGAAGCCGAGGAGCAGGAUCUCUUCAAGGACAUCCAGUCACUGCCCCGCAACGCUGCCCUCAGGAAGCUUAAUGACCUGAUCAAGAGAGCCCGGCUGGCCAAGGUCCAUGCGUACAUCAUCAGCUCCCUCAAGAAAGAGAUGCCCAACAUGUUUGGGAAGGAGAGCAAGAAGAAGGAGCUGGUCAGCAAUCUGGGAGAGAUCUACCAGAAGAUCGAGCGAGAGCACCAGAUCUCUCCCGGGGAUUUCCCAAGCCUUCGGAAGAUGCAGGAAUUGCUGCAGACUCAGGACUUCAGUAAAUUCCAGGCCCUGAAGCCCAAGCUCUUGGACACCGUGGACGACAUGCUCUCCAAAGACAUCGCUCGGUUGAUGGUGAUGGUGCGCCAGGAGGAGUCCCUCAUGCCCUCACAGGCUGUGAAGGGCGGCGCCUUUGACGGCACCAUGAAUGGGCCCUUUGGCCACGGCUACGGAGAGGGGGCCGGAGAGGGCAUCGACGACGUGGAGUGGGUGGUGGGCAAGGACAAGCCCACGUACGACGAGAUCUUCUACACUCUGUCUCCUGUCAAUGGCAAGAUUACAGGCGCCAGUGCCAAGAGAGAGAUGGUGAAAUCCAAGCUGCCCAACACGGUCCUGGGGAAGAUCUGGAAACUGGCCGACGUGGACAAAGACGGGCUGCUGGAUGAUGAAGAGUUUGCCCUGGCCAACCACUUGAUCAAGGUCAAGUUGGAAGGGCACGAGCUCCCCGCUGACCUGCCCCCGCACCUCGUCCCUCCCUCCAAGCGGAGGCACGAGUGACGGCCGCCCCUCCCCCGCCGGGAGGGGGUCAGAAGCUGGGGGGGAGGGGUCCCAUUCUCAGCGCUCUCUUGCCGUGUCUGUUCCAUAAAGACCUCACUAACAGAUGGGUUUUUGCAGCUCUCGAAAAGGAAAAUCACCAUUUAAAAAAAAAUAUUCCAAGCCUGGUGGGGAGACAGGCAGCACUUGUCAAUGUUGGAAUUCUGUGCACAAGAACUAUGGAUAUUUUUAAUAUAUGAAGUUAGAGGCAGUAUUCUUUCUUGCUCCCUCCCCCGUGUGUGCCCUCCAGCCCCACCCCCAGUGAGCCCGGUCCCACCCUCUGGCUGUUGGUACAGUGUCCCCCAAGAGCCAGACCCCAGGGUCUCUGGAAGGAGCUUCCUUCUUCCCCGCCUCUGGCUGCAUGGCCACAACCCCCUAGUCCUUUCCUGGGGCCCCUGGUCUGAGUCUUCUCCCGGCCAGCAGCGAGCACUGGUCAGACACUAGUGGCCGGAGGGGGCUGGUCCCGUGCAGCAGACCUCUGGCCUCUGAAGUCUGUCUGCACACUGGCCACAGAUUGGAGCGGUGACGAGCAGGCCGCCCCUCCCUCUUUGUUCUUGAAUUCACGUGGUACUCGUGCCUUCACCCACACCUUGUCCCCAGCACUGGCUCUCCCACUCAGGCACUCUUGGUUCUUUCCCUUCUUUCCCAGAGACCUCACCUGUAUCACACCAGCUGAGAUGCUCCAGGACCUUCCGUAGCUUUCAUCCCCGCCUGGGAAGGCCCCAAAGCCCCCGUGGGUUACGUCUUCUCAAGAAAACCAACUAGUUGGUGGUUGGUUUUUUUUUAUAUACUCGACUUCCAAUUCCUGGAAGUUUCUGGCCACUUGGAGAACAGCUGUGUUAUUGAUUCCCUUUGUACAAGCACCGACCUUUAUAAGAGCAGCUGUGGAGGUCACCCUGGUCUGGGAGUCAUUGAUGUUCCACUUAAGACCCUCUGAGUCAAAAUGGCGCCUGCCCGUGGCCCUUGGCGUCCCAAGUGUCUGCUCCUUGGCAGUUUGAGAGAAGGCUCAUGAGCAUCAUGUGCUGUGGUGACCCGAGGGCACUGGGGCACCUGGCAUCCCUGUAUACCGGGGUGGUUGGAAACCAACCCCAGGGCUUCAGAGCAUUGAGAUAAGCCCUGUGCCUGCUCUCCCAGUUUGUUGGGUAGACCCGGUUGUCUCUGAGGUGCUGAGCAGGACCAGUCCGGAUGGCUUCCUGUCCUUCAAAGGUGCCUCCCCUCCUCCCUAUGCUCAUAGAAUCAGGGCUUUGGGAGCCUUGAGGUGGUGGCCAUGGCCUGCUGGGUCACAGUAGCCCUGAGAUUCCAAGACACUGCCCUGCCCGGCCUCUGGCCUUCUGGAAAUCCCUACCUUCUGCCGGGUCCAGAGCCUCCAGAAAAUGGCGGCUGGACUGGCCACCUCAUUCCAUAGGGGUUAAGUGUGGGUGGAGAUUGCUUUUGGGGGGUGUGCUCAUCUCUUAAUAAAAGGGUCUUAUUUAUACUCACAUGUGGAAAACCUGAAAAAAAUGAAGAUUUUUUUUCUUGCAUUAAAAAAAGAAAAAU